AUGAGUUGGGAGGCUGUCGAAGAUGAUCAGGGUAGAACCUACUACUAUAAUCGGGAAACUCAAGAAACAAGCUGGACAAAUCCCGAAAUAGAAAGUGCGUCGUGGAAAGUAUACCAGAAUGACGAUGGAAGGGAGUACUAUUACAACGAGACCACCCAGGAAACGACAUGGGAAAUGCCUGAAGAAUUAAAGGAAGAAGUUGGAAAGGCAGGAAAUGAUGGAGACGGUAAUACUGUAGAUGCUCAGGUAUCUAAAGAUGCUGAAACUGAAAUUGAAACGGGAAGAGUGGUGGAUGUAGACGGAGAUGAGCAGGAAGAUGCUCAGAUUGAGCUUGAAGGAAAGGAGAAUGUAGCUGAGAACUAUGAGAAAGCUUUCACCAGCAAAGAAGAACCCCACGAUUUGAAUCGAGUGCAUGAGCUACACAGUGAAGCUCUCUCAUCUGUAGAUGAUGAGCUCCUGAAUAUAGACGUACCGGCUUUGCCAGAGCCCCCAUCAUAUCUGAGCUUGGAAGAAGCUCAGGCAGCUUUCAAGGGACUACUCAAGUCUUCUAAUGUAGACUCGACGUGGUCGUUUCAAAGAGUGAUCUCUGAACACAUCACUAACCCCAUAUAUUGGGCGAUUUCUGAUGCUUUACAGAGAAAAGAACUCUAUGACGAAUACCUCAUUGAUAUAAUAAAGAAUGGUUUGGCAAACAAGACUAAUGUGAUGGAAGAAUUUGAGAGUAACUUUACAGAACUAUUGACUACGUUCCAAAGUCAAGGGAUCUUGAUGUUCAACACCAGGUGGAUAAGUAUCAAGCAAAAAUUGAUCCUGGAAGACAAUUCUUUGUAUAAGCAUUCAAUCCUAACAGACCUGGAAAUGGCUGAGCUAUACCACAAGUUUGUUGAUCGACUCAAAGCUAAACAUGACGAGGAGGUAGAACGCCAGAAAACUCAAGCCUUGACAGAAUUGGAAUCUUAUCUUGUUGAUAUAAACCCUCGUUUGGUCAGUGACAGUAGCGAUUGGGAAGAGCUUUUCACUAAGCUUUUGAAAGAUUCAAGGUUCAAGGCAAACAAGCAUUUCAACGUUUUACACCCCGUAGACAUAUUAAAACUUUACAAAACAAAGAUUUAUCCACAAACCUUAAAGAAGUUGGAAACUCAAAUAAGUAUUGAAGAAAGGAAAAACUAUAGAACUGAUCGUAAAUCAAGAAAACAGUUCAAGAAGUUUUUAGUUGAGAAGGUAUCUAUAAGGUCUAAUACUUUGUUUAAAGACAUCUUCGCUGAGUUGGAGAAUGAAGAUUCCUUUAUAGAAAUAUGUGGAAGAAACGGUUCCUCGCCGUUAGAGUUAUUUUGGGACAUUGUUGAUGAGAAGCGCCAAGUGAUGAAAUUGAAGAAAGAUUUGAUAGAGAAUGAAUUGAAGAGAAGAAGUGGAAAGGUGGAUUACAUACAUGCCUUGUCCAGCAAAGCCAAUUUCACUGAAGUAUUCGAUAAUGAAAUAAGAGAUGUGAAUGAGACUAUCAAGACGUUGGGCGAACAGGAGGUUGAAGAAGUAUACGAAAGUUUGCAUAAAGAUUUACAGUACCAGCUCGGAAUUUACGCUAAAAACAGGGCAUUGGCAAUAAAAUCCUGUGGAGCAUGGUUGUCCAAGGAAUAUUUGCACAAGAGCGACACUUUGCUAAAGGUGGGCCUGGAAAUAGUCCCAGGGCACAUUAAUGUUGCUGAAAAAAGUGGAUCAUUUGUGCUAAGUGAACCCAUUGAACCUGAAGUUCUUGCAGCAUUCGUUGCUCAGGUAGAGAACUCUCAUACAUACAGAAAUUUGUUUCAACUCAUAAGGUCUAACGAACAGAAGAACCAGCACGUUAUAGAGUUAGAUGCCGCUACUAGGGAAACUCUCGCCGCCUUGGUGAAGGCUCUAAAUGAACAGAGAGCGCAAAAGCUACUCCAAGAAGAAAGAAACGUGCAUGAAAAUAGUAAAAAGAGAUCAAUUGAAGAUUCGCAGCCUGAUGAUAGACCGAAAAAGCAGCAGAAGCAUGUUUUACUCAACUAUUGA